AGUAGCAGUAGUGAGUGGUAUGGUGUGUUGAUAAACACUCUCUCUUGAGUUAAGAAUCAUUAGUAUUUUUCGAUUUAUUUACGAGUUUCCAUUUCUGGAAAACGAGUUUGAUUCUGAGUUAUCUACGAGCUUCGAUCUGUUUUUUUUUUUCGAUUGUUUCGUCAUAGUUGCAAUCAUCAGUAUUUGAUUCAAGAUGAUCACCCAGAAGAAAAGAGAAUAUCUUUCUUUCUUUUUAUUUUCAGCUCAAUUAUUUUUAUUUAUUUUGUUUUCUCAGAGUACAGAUCUGAGAUUGAGAAGUAAUUAAUGGAAGAAGAGAGUGGCAGAGUCUGUAAUUUUAAGUGAUAUCAUUUUUCUUCUAACACUCAUAUCUCCUCCAUUUUAAAGUCUUUCUCUCUCUCUUUAUAUAUUCAGAUCUAAGUUUUUUCUUCCAAAGGUUCUGGGACUCUAGCUGAGCCGAAAACCUGGUUCAGAUCUUCGGAAGUUUUCAUCUUUGAGUUUUUUUUUCUGAGAAAGUUGGGAUUUUUAAUAUUUUUCUUCUUUUUUUGAAUUGGGUGUUAAAGAAAGAUGAACUAUUCUCCUGACGAGGUAAUAGAACAUGUGUUCGACUACGUGACAUCGCACAAGGACCGAAACGCGUUGUCGUUGGUGUGCAAGUCAUGGUAUAGAAUCGAGAGGUUUAGCAGGGAAAGAGUGUUCAUAGGGAAUUGCUAUGCGAUCAGUCCUGAGAGGACUAUCAACAGGUUUCCAGGGCUGAAGUCACUUACUUUGAAGGGCAAGCCUCAUUUUGCAGAUUUCAAUUUGGUUCCUUACGAAUGGGGUGGCUUUGUUCAGCCUUGGAUUGAAGCCUUGGCCAGAAGCCGUGUUGGGUUGGAGGAGCUUAGAUUGAAGAGAAUGGUGGUCUCUGAUGAUAGCUUGGACUUGCUUUCUAGGUCCUUUGUCAAUUUCAAAUCUUUAGUUCUUGUUAGCUGUGAAGGGUUCACCACUGAUGGCCUUGCUGCUAUUGCUGCCAAUUGCAAGCAUCUGAGGGAGUUGGAUCUUCAAGAGAAUGAUAUUGAUGACCAUAAAGGGCAGUGGCUUAGCUGCUUUGCUGACCAAUGCACUUCACUGGUGUCCCUCAAUUUUGCUUGCCUCAAAGGAGAAAUUAAUUUAGCUGCUCUUGAGAGACUCGUUGCAAGGUCCCCUGGUCUCAAAGUGUUGAGGUUAAACCGUGCUGUUCCUCUUGACACCCUUCAGAAAAUACUGAUGAAAGCUCCUCAACUACUGGACUUGGGAACUGGGUCUUGCGUCCAAGACCCCCAUUCUGAGUCCUACCUCAACCUGAAGACUACUCUUGCAAAAUGUACAUCGAUUAGGAGCUUGUCAGGGUUUUUGGAGGUUACACCUCGGUGCAUCAGAGCUUUCUAUCCCAUUUGCGCUAACCUCGCAUCUUUGAACCUAAGUUAUGCUCCAGGCAUACAUGGUUUUGAUCUCAUUAAGCUAAUUCGUCACUGUGUGAAACUUCAGCGUUUGUGGAUACUAGAUUGUAUUGGAGACAAAGGACUAGCAGUGGUAGCUUCUACUUGUAAAGAGUUGCAGGAAUUGAGAGUUUUUCCAUCUGAUCCUUAUGGGGUUGGGCAUGAUGCUGUUACAGAAGAAGGCCUAGUUUCCAUUUCCAUGGGAUGCCCAAAGCUUCAUUCCUUGCUCUACUUCUGUCAGCAGAUGACCAAUGCGGCUCUGAUAACGGUAGCCAAGAAUUGUCCUAAUUUUAUCCGCUUCAGGCUAUGCAUCCUUGAUCCUACAAAACCAGACCCUGUGACCUCACAGCCGUUGGAUGAAGGUUUUGGGGCGAUUGUCCAGGGAUGCAAAAAGAUCAGGCGUUUGUCCCUCUCUGGCCUUCUUACAGACCAGGUUUUUCUCUACAUUGGAAUGUAUGCUGAGCAGCUUGAAAUGUUGUCUAUUGCAUUUGCUGGGGACAGUGACAAAGGAAUGCUGUAUGUGUUGAAUGGCUGCAAGAAACUUCGAAAGCUCGAGAUUAGGGAUAGCCCCUUUGGUGACAUGGCACUUCUAUCGGACGUGGGAAAGUAUGAAACAAUGCGAUCCCUUUGGAUGUCGUCCUGUGGAGUCACCUUGGGAGGUUGCAAGGCAGUGGCCAAGAAGAUGCCUAGUCUUAAUGUUGAAAUUAUAAAUGACAAUGAAGAGAGUGAGUUUUGCCUUAACGAAGAUGAGCAGGCUGUAGAGAAAAUGUACCUGUACCGAACGAUGGUAGGGAGAAGGGAUGAUGCGCCGGAGUUCGUGGUGACUCUUUAACUGCACUUGGGGUUACCUUUUCUUUUUAGGCUUCCAUUUUAUUUUUUGUUCUUAAUUUAGUAGUUGCAAGAUGUUGUACUCUGUUUAGCAGAACAGAUAAAUGGACUUAUAGCUCGGUGGUGGUUAUUACUGGUUAGUGGUGGUAUGUAAUUGUGUUUGUUUACGAGGGUUUUGACUAUUGUGAUCCGAUGUUAUAAUUUAGACGGUGUUAGCACUUGCAAAUAUUGUUUGUUCUUCUCUAAGUCAGAUUGGUAUAUAUAGAAGUUUAAAGCA